AUGCAGCUUAAGCUCCUACUCCUCACGCAAUUAGUUGCGACCGCAUUGUGCGCAAACACAGCACCACCCAGCAUCUGGAACUAUACAUAUCCAUGGCCGGUACACUACUUUAGUUUCACAUCGCAACGCGCGAACCUCUCAAUGGCAUAUAUGGACGUACAUUCCCAGAAUACCACCUCGAACAAGACCAUUGUGCUUCUACACGGCAAGAACUUUUGUGGCGCAACGUGGGAGGAUACUGCCCAUCGCCUAUCAGCACAAGGAUAUCGUGUCAUCAUCCCAGAUCAAAUCGGAUUUUGCAAGUCACCGAAGCCGUCUGCCUACCAGUUCUCGCUGCAGCAGUUGGCGCGCAAUACACAUCUACUAUUGCAGAGUCUAGACAUAGAAUCAACACAUGUACUGGGUCACUCUAUGGGCGGUAUGUUAGCCACUCGAUUUGCCCUGAUGUAUCCGGAGCAGACAUCACAUCUUAUUCUUACGAACCCAAUCGGACUGGAAGACUGGAAGGCCCUUGGGGUACCUUGGCGCAACCUCGACGCCCUGUACAAAGAUGAGCUUGCCACCAACUACACAUCCAUCCGCAAAUACCAGCAAGCUACCUACUACGUCAACACCUGGAAGCCGGAGUAUGACGUCUGGGUCAAUAUGCUAGUCUCGCUCUACCAAACGUCACCUGAAAACAUUGAUUUCGCAUGGAACAUGGCGCAGACGACUGACAUGGUUUUGACUCAACCGAUCGCCUACGAAUUCGAGUUGGUGCAGCCCAAAACCCUCCUCCUGAUCGGAACCAAGGACACAACAGCCAUAGGAAAAGCUUGGAGCCCAGCGGAUGUGCAGGCUAAGCUGGGGAAAUACGACGUGCUGGGCAAAGAGACGGCGGCGAGGAUUCCAGACGCGACAUUGAUUGAAUUUGACGACUUGGGCCAUAGUCCGCAAGUGCAGGAUAGUGAAAGAUACCAUGCCGCGCUAUUGGGGUGGUUAAACGGGUCUAAUUAG